AUGGACAAUUCCCAGAGUGCCAAUGCGCGCUUCCAGCCAGCGAAGCUUGUGCUUGGUAAAACUGCCGCUCAAGUCCUUGAGAUCGACGUAAACACGCUAGACUGGACAAGAUCCUUCAUCUUGCUCGGUGGUGAUUCGAUCCUAGCCAUCGAUUUCGUCGCCAGAUGUCGCGAUGCAGGGAUUCAUGUGGACAUGAGAGAGCUGUUGAUGGCCGAGAGCUUGGGUGCACUCGCCGAACAGAUAGACCAAGAGAAUGCAGGACCAGCCACCGGAGUCAAUGGCUAUGACAAUGGAGACGACAAUUUGUCUCUUGCCAACUGGCAAGAUUCUAUGCCGGACGAGCUGGUCGCAGACCUCAAGACCCACAGUAUCGCCGUGGGCGACAUCGAAUCGAUUGCGCCCGAUGCUCGUGCCGUUCCUCCUUUUACUACCGGCAAGUUCGAAACCCCGCUGCGCCUUUGCGUGUACGAAGUCAGCGACAAGGAGCUUCGGCUGAUGCUGGAAAUCUCGCACGCCCUGGUGGAUGGACAUUCAGGUGAAAUCUUGUUGCAUGAUUUCCGUGCCAGCUAUGAACGAGCUGCGUACUUCUCGGAGAACGCGCUCUCUUACACAUAUUUUGCCUCUCACCAGCAGGCCGCCGGAAGCACAGGGGUUGCGUCUACAGGGGCUGAGUACUGGACAACCUACCUUAAUAAUGCUAGCGAGUCUCAUCUACCUGUGAUCGCCAGCACUCCUCAAUUGCUGCACCUGAAGACAACCCACUGUUCAAUAACACUUCCAGGCAGCAAACUGCGCGCGGUCUGCAGUCAGAUGAUGAUUACUCCCGCCAACCUCUUCCAGAUCGCGUGGGCGCUGGCGAUUAGACGCAUCAUCCUAUCCGAUGCCAUCACAUUCUCACACAUAGUUUCCGGGCGUAAUUGCGAUCUCAAAGGCGCCGAAGGGACGGUCGGGCCAUUCAUUAACACAUUACCAUACUCUGUCACAUUGAACCCGGAGACUAGCGUGGCGGAUGCAUUGUUUGCAGCGAGACGAGACUGGCAAGACGGCCUACCUUUCCAGAACAUCCCCAUAGCCGAUCUGGCUGUCGCAAAGACGCGGUCCCUGAAGCACCUCGGGAACACACUGCUCUCAAUUGAGCGCGGGCCGACGAACACACAUGUAUUCACAGAAGGGGUCUCCAUGACCCUAGACGCGAGAACAAGCGCCACCGAUUAUGAUCUUUCCGCCAACGUCAGAUUCAGUGACGAUCAAAUCGACUUGAGUCUUGAGUACUGGGCCUCCAGGGUCGCCUGGCCGGUUGCCAAGGCACAGAUGACGGCGUUCCAGGACGCAGUUGCCUUUUUGCUAGACGGCGCCAGCAGCAUGUCCAUUCGCGAUUUCCCAAGCCACAGCAUCGAAGACGGCCUUGCAAUCUCGAGGUGGAACUCGGCCAUGCCACCACGUGUGGAACGCUGUGUCCACGAGAUUGUCCGGGACAAGUUGACUGCCCAGCCAAAGGCUCAGGCCGUCAGCGCUUGGGACGGUGAGCUGACCUACGGUGAGCUAGAUGAGAUGAGCCGGCGACUGGCCUACCACUUGGUUGAGCAAGGCGUUGGUCCGGAGGUGAUGGUGGGCAUGUGCAUGAACAAGUCGAAGUUCGGAGUAGUAGCAAUGCUGGCGAUCCUCCGCGCCGGUGGCGCUGUGGUGCCUCUUGGGGUACAGCAUCCGCUGGCGCGUCUGGAGCAUAUUGCGACGGACACCUCCGCGCCGAUCAUCCUGGUCGAUCGCACUCACAAGCGACGGCUAACAGCACUGGCAAAUCUGCGGCUGCUCGCGAUUGACUCCUUUUUCGAUAUCGCCCCAGCGACCCCGACACCUGCCACCGAGCCAUGCCUAUCUGUAGAGCCAAACAACGCAGCCUGGGUGAUCUACACCUCCGGUAGCACUGGGAAACCCAAAGGUGUUGUGCUUGAGCACGGUGCUGUCGCAACCAGCAUCCUUGCCCACGGACCGGCGAUUGGUAUACAGGCGCACGACCGCCUCUCGCAGUUCGCAGCGUAUACGUUCGAUGUUUCUAUUGCAGAAAUCAUGACACCUCUCUCAAUCGGCGCAUGUAUCUGUGUGCCGUCUGAACACGAUCGCAUCAGUCGUCUCACGGCCUUCCUAUCUGAUGCCAAUGUCACUGUGGCUACGUUGACCUCAACCAUAGCAGCACUGGUCCAGCCGGAGGACACGCCGGCAAUCCGAACACUUAUUUUAACAGGCGAGGCCCUCCUACCAAAGGUGGUUGAUCAGUGGAUACAACACGCUACUAUCAUUAAUGCCUACGGCCCGUCAGAGAACUCCAUAUGGACAACAGUUAAGCAAGUUCGUGACAGUUCAGAAGCUAACAAUAUAGGUACACCGCUUGCCGGCGCAUUGUGGGUGGUAAACCCAGCCAACAUCGCGGAACUGGUUCCAGUCGGUGUGCCAGGCGAACUCUUACUCGAUGGUCCGCUGCUGGCGCGGGGAUAUCUUAACGACCCGGCGAAGACAGCAGCCGCAUUUGUGACGGAUCCUGCGUUUGAAAAGGCGCUAGGUCUAUGCCCUGGCCGGCGGAUGUACCGCACUGGUGAUAUGGUACAACAACAUCCUGACGGCUCGGUGACAUACCUCGGUCGUCGCGACACACAGGUCAAGAUCCGGGGCCAGCGGGUUGAAAUUGGAGAGAUCGAGAGCCAGAUUGUACGUAUUCUCUCUGAUGUACGCGAAGCCAUUGUCGAUAUUAUCCGGCCAGCAGAUGAGCCGGAUGAUGGAGUACUAAUGUUAGUGGCCGUGGUCGAAUAUCCUGGAGCUGGAUUGUCUGGUAGUACAGGCGAUCUAGAACUCUACGAUCCCGCGACAAUCACUGAUACCACGCGCGAGGCUAUCAAGGUAUUAGAUACCAAGCUCGGGCAGGUUCUACCUGCAUACAUGGUGCCGACAGCAUUCUUGCUUGCCCCAACUCUUCCGGUAAAUACAUCGGGCAAGCUGGACCGCCGCACUGUGAAAGACCAGUUGCGCUUGAUGUCCCGCGAUUCAUUUAGCAGCUUCUUCUAUUCGACCAUCACAAAGCAGGCACCGACAACCGCUAUCGAAUCUCAAUUACAGAGCUUGUUUGCUACGGUUUUAUCACUCUCUCCCGACCAAGUCGGAAUCAACGAUUCUUUCUUUCGUCUUGGCGGAGACUCAGUGGUAGCUAUGAAACUAACGACAGCGGCCCGCGCGGAGAAGCUUCCUUUAUCUGUGGCUGAUAUCUUUCAACGACCGUAUUUGGUGGAUAUGGCAGCCGCUAUGGAAGGAAAAUCCGUCCUUACAAAUGAUCAAGAAAUAAAUGGCUCCACACUUAAAGAUCCGGCACCCCUGAGCUUAUGGCCAGAGCUCGCCCAAGCUGGUGCCUCGAAUAAAGACCAGGAGCGGCUGCUGGCAGAUAUUGCUAUACAGUGCGGCAUAGCCACUAGCCAGAUCGAAGACAUCUAUCCCUGCAGUCCGCUACAGGCCGGACUAAUCGCAAUCACCACACAGCAUUCUCAGGCCUACAUUCUGCAACGGGUGUUUAGCCUAGAGGCCGAUCUGUCUAUUGACCGGCUAAAGGCAGCAUGCGCGAGACUAGUGGAAGCCCUGCCUGUUUUACGCACGCGUAUCGUCCCCUCAGCACAAGCUGAUGCAUUACAAGUGGUAGUUCGCGACCAGCAGCCGACUUGGCAGCAUUCAACGUCACUGGAUGAUUAUCUUGCCGCUGAUAAAUCCACUCCAAUCACUUAUGGCGGUGUUUUGAGCCGUAUGGCUAUUGUUGAGAGCGAGGAUCGGACAAAUCGAUAUUUCGUGUGGACGACCCACCACAGCAUCUACGAUGGCUGGAGCAUGGGCAAGAUGAUGAAAAUGCUUGUGCAGCUGUUGCAGGGUGAAGUGGUCCCAGCCCCAGUGCCUGUGUCGCGCUUUAUUGGGUAUUUAGCCCAGCAGGAUAAGCAACAGACAGCAAAAUUCUGGAAGGACCAUCUGGAAGGCGCCAACUGGGUUUCCUACCCGCCCUUGCCAUUCCUAAACUAUAAGGCUGAGCCUCACGACCUGCUUAACCAAGAGAUCAGCAUUCCACGGACGGCAGGUGCUGUAACCGUCCCGACACUGCUGCGUGCUGCCUGGGCUCUCCUCGUCGCGGCCCACAUUGGGGCUGACGAAGCUAUUAUUAAUAUAGUGCUCUCUGGUCGCAUGGCCCAGAUUGAUGGCAUCACAGAUAUUGUGGCUCCGACCAUCACCUCGGUGCCUUUCCGUGCAUCCACCUGGAAGGAACAGACUGUACGUGAAUUCCUUGCUACUAUGCAGGAACAAAGCAUACAGAUGAUCCCAUUCGAGCAUACGGGUCUUCAGAACAUCCGACGUAUUGUUUCUAGUCUUGGUCCAGACUUUGACGCUGGCCAUAUGUUCGUUGUGCAGCUGGCUGAAGAGAGCGAGUUGUCGCCAAGAUUAGACAUGUUUUUCAAGAGAGAGCUGACUACCGCGGACGCGUUUUACGCCCAUCCACUCAAUGUCGAAUGUACAGUCAGUCAAGGAAGCAGCAGAGUCAGGGUUGAGGUACGGUACGACCGCAAAGUCCUCCCUGUUGAUGAUGCGCAGCGUGUGCUUGCCCAGUUUGUCCAUAUUGUGCAGCAGUUAGCAAAGGACACUGAAGGUGGGCAAUUGCUUGGACAAAUACAAGUACUCUCCACAGAGGAUGCAGCGCAGCUGUCUCAAUGGAACUCAAGCGUACCAGCUGGAAUUGAUUGCUGUAUUCAUCAACUGGUGCAAGAGCAGAUAGACUCCCAGCCAGAGGCUCAGGCCGUCAGCGCUUGGGAUGGUGACUUGACUUACGGUGAACUGGAUGAGAUGAGCCGGCAGCUGGCAUACCACUUGGUCGACCAAGGUGUCGGUCCGGAAGUAAUAGUCGGCUUGUGUAUGGACAAGUCAAAGUUUGGAGUAGUAGCAAUGCUGGCUAUCCUCCGUGCUGGUGGCGCUGUGGUGUCUCUUGGUGUACAAUAUCCGGUAUCCCGUACUAGAGAUAUUGUGAAAGAUACAGCUACGCCAAUUGUGCUGGUUGACUGUGCUCACGAGCAGCGGUUAUCGGAGCUGGUGACCUAUACACAAUUACUUGCUGUUGACACUUUCUUCAGCAGAGCUUUAUUAACAAGAUCUACCAAGCCUCUUACAGCCACACAACCAGAAAAUAUGGCAUGGGUUAUCUAUACCUCUGGCAGUACUGGAACACCCAAGGGUGUUGUCCUCGAACAUAGCGCCCUUGCUACUAGCAUUCUCGCCCAUGGACGCGCUUUUGAUAUCCAACCGUAUGACCGGCUUUCACAAUUCGCAGCCUAUACUUUUGAUGUUGCGAUCCAAGAGGUCAUGACUACUCUUGUUUUUGGGGCGUCUAAUGUCAGUAUUGUGACAUUUACCUCAACUGUUGCAGCUUUGGUUCAACCAACCGAUGUUCCUAGUGUGCGAGCGCUAGUUCUAAUGGGUGAGGCUGUACAGCCUAAGGUUGUUGACCAGUGGGCUCAACAUGCAACAAUUAUCAACGCUUAUGGGCCCUCGGAGUCCUGUAUCCAUACUACAGGAAACAGAAUCCAGCACAGAUCAGAAAGCCUUAAUAUUGGAAAAGCACUCGCAAGCGUCUUUUGGGUAGUCAACCCGGCUAAUAUUGAACAACUUGUCCCGAUCGGCGCGCCUGGAGAGUUGCUUAUUGAAGGGCCGCAAUUAGCACGCUGCUAUCUAAACAACCCUCUCAAGACUGCUGCUGCCUUCAUCAAGGAUCCAGCCUUUACCGCCCAGUUAGGCCUAGGGUCUGGCCGGCGGAUGUAUCGUACUGGUGACUUGGUCCAGCAGAAUGCCGAUGGCUCCCUGACCUACAUCGGACGACGUGAUACCCAAGUCAAGAUUCGCGGUCAACGAGUUGAACUUGGCGAGAUCGAGAGCCAGAUCUUGUCUUUGCUACCAGAAGCGGGCAAAAUUGUUGUCGAUGUGAUUAAGCCUGCUGGUGCGGCUAAUGACGAUAUCUUGAUAUUGGUGGCUAUUGUCGAGUAUGCCAAGACUAGGUCUACCCUGAGUAGCUUCGGAGGCCUAGAUCUAUACAAUCCUGCAAGGAUAACCGAAGAUACACGAAAGACCUUUGAGAAACUGUACGCAGAUCUCAUGCUGGUCCUACCAUCGUAUAUGGUCCCUUCUAUAUUCCUUCUUACACCGAACAUCCCGAUCAAUCUGUCUGGCAAAUUGGACCGACGUCUAGUGCAAGACAAGAUUCGUAUGAUGUCCCAUGAGAUACUCACUGGCUAUUCCUGCUUGAAUCUUAUGAAACAGGCUCCUAAGACCUCCAUGGAAGAACGACUUCAGAGUCUCUGGGCCGCAACUUUGUCGCUUCCACCUGAUACUAUAAGUACCAACGACUCCUUCUUCCGUCUUGGUGGCGACUCGGUGAUGGCUAUGAAGCUGGCAGCCGCGGCCCGUGCAAAAGAUCUGCCUCUCUCCGUGGCCGAUAUAUUCCGCCUGCCUCGUCUUGAAGAUAUGGCAGCAGCUUUAGAAGAGCUUUAUGAAACCAAUGAUAUCAUGGAAGAAGACCCACUGCCGUUCAGUCUCUGGCCUGAGCUUGCCCAGACUAACGGUACUAAUGCUGAACGCUACCGCUUGUUAGCAGAUAUUGCCGCGCAGAGUGGGAUUGCUCCUGAGCAAAUCGAGGACGUCUAUCCGUGCAGCCCAUUACAGGCUGGAUUAAUGGCAAUUACAGCCCAGCAUCCCAAAGCCUAUGUAAUCCAGCGUGUGUUCCACCUACAUGAUAGCCUCUCAACAGAGCGACUCAAAGCUGCCUGGAACCAGAUGGUCAAGGCCCUGCCUAUCCUGCGGACACGGAUUGUUCCCUCUAUCCAGACCGACGCGCUACAGGUUGUUACACAGGAGCAGUCUGUCUGGCAUCAUGGGGCAUCACUUGAGGACUAUCUUGUGAUGGAUAGUGCCAAGGCUAUCACGUACGGUGGCGAGCUUAGUCGUACGGCCAUUAUAGAGAGUGAAGACAACGAAACUCGAACCUUUGUUUGGACGUCUCAUCACAGUAUCUACGAUGGAUGGAGUAAGUCGAAGAUGAUAGAGAUACUUGGACAUCUUCUGAGGGGUGAAGCGCUGCCAUCUGCCCCGGUACCAGUUUCACGGUUCAUCGCCUACCUGGCUCGUCAGAAGGAGGAAGAGAAGGCUUCAUUUUGGAAGCGACACCUUCAAGGGGUAAGCUGGACAUCAUAUCCCGCUUUACCGUCCGUACAGUACAAAGUCAAUCCUUGUGAUCAGCUAAGCUCUCAACUGCACAUCUCUCUAAAACCGGGGACUGUGACAAUCUCCACCAUAUUACGAGCUACCUGGGGUCUCUUGGUUGCCGCUAAUACCGGUAGUGAGGAAGCAGUCAUUAAUGUUGUGCUCUCUGGUCGGAUGGUGGCUGUUACUGGUAUCACAGACCUUGUAGCUCCGACUAUCACCUCAGUACCUUUCUGUGUAUCCGCUGGGAGGGAACAGACUGUACGCGGUUUCCUUGCUAGGGUCCAGGAGCAGGCCACCGAGAUGAUCCCAUAUGAGCACACCGGUCUUCAGAACAUUCGGCGGAUGGUCCCUGAAGUUGGGCCCGAAUUUGACCCCGGCCACAUCUUCCUUGUUCAGCCAGUCGGGGAAAGCGAAUCAGCAAGACCGAUGGUAGAUAUAGGUAUGGAUAUGGAUGAUAAGGCUGUUUCUAUGGACGCGUUUGACGCCUACGCGCUCAAUAUCGAGUGCAAUGUGGUCGAGACAGGCGAGGUGAAAGUUGAGCUAUCCUUCGACCGCGAAGUCGUCCCGGUCUUGACUGCGCAGUGUCUGCUUACUCAAUUCGGCCACAUUGCUGAGCAGCUCACACGGUAUGUGGACAUGGAGCUGCCGCUUGGGGCUCUCGACCUUCUAGCGGAGGAAGACCGGACGCGCCUAAGACAGUGGAACUCUGCUGUAACCCCCCGCAACGAGCGCUGUCUCCAUGACCUUGUACGUGAGAAUGUGCUUAACCGGGCUUCCGCGGUGGCUAUCGACGCUUGGGACGGAGAAAUGACCUACAGUGAGUUGGACGAUUCCAGCCGUCGGUUGGCCUCCUACUUGGUCGCUCAAGGCGUGGUCACGGAGGUGAUGGUCGGCCUGUGUAUGGACAAAUCCAAGUGGGCGUUGGUGGCUAUGUUAGCCAUCCUGCGCGCAGGUGGCGCGGUCGUCCCUCUAGGUGUACAAUAUCCUCUGGCGCGCAUCGAACGAAUCGUCAAGGAUACUGCCCUUACCAUCGCUGUCGAUGCCGCCCUCGAUAAAAUACUCCCUACCACGAUGUAUGACUCGUGCGACACCGUGACAGCCGAUAACAUGGCCUGGGUCCUAUACACCUCUGGAAGUUCUGGCCAGCCCAAGGGCGUGGUCCUUGAACACGGUGCCCUCACUACGUCGGUUUUGGCCAACACUCGAUUCCUCGAUCUGACGAUGGAAUCUCGGACGCUUCAAUUUGCGGCGUUUACCUUUGAUGUGUGUAUUACCGACAUCUUCUGCACACUCGCCAGCGGUGCUUGCGUGUGUAUCAUGUCUGAAGAAGACCGUAUGAAUGAUUUAGCCGGCUGCUUCCAACGAACCCAAGCCAAUUACGCGGAGUUGACGCCGACAACCCUCAAGCUGUUGACCCCGGAGCAGGUGCCGUCCCUCACAAAGCUUGCUCUGGGGGGUGAGGCGAUGGAGCCGCAAUUGGUCGAUAAAUGGAGUAGCAGGGUCCAACUUAUCAAUUCAUAUGGUCCGUCGGAAUGCUCCAUCGUGUGUGCGGCCCAGGUUAUGAAUGAACACAAGGAUACAGCAAAUGUGGGCAAGCCGCUCGCAGGCGCCUUCUGGGUUGUAUAUCCUGGGAAUCAUGACCGCCUCUGCCCUGUUGGUGUGCGAGGCGAGCUCCUGAUUGAAGGUCCAUUGCUAGCACGCGGUUACCUGAAUGACGCCGAGAAGACCGCCGCCGCUUUUAUCACAGAUCCGGCUUUCGUGCAGGAGCUGGGUCUCAGCCCCGGCCGUCGUAUGUAUUGCACCGGGGAUAUGGUGCAGCAGAAUGCAGACAGCUCCCUUACGUAUAUCGGCCGCAUGGACACGCAGGUGAAGAUCCGUGGCCAGCGCGUGGAAAUCGGCGAAAUAGAGAAUCAGAUUAGUCGUCUGCUGCCGCGUGGGCAUGAGGCAAUGGUAGAUAUGGUGCACCCCGCCGAUGAUACGCCCGGUGCACUCCCUAUACUUGUCACGGUCAUUGAAUAUGCUAAUGCAGGGCCUGCGCCGAGCAGCUCAGGACCCUUGAAGCUCUACAACGGCACACAGAUUAUUGAAUCCGUGCGCAAGGACAUUAAAAAGCUAGAGGCCGAGCUUGGACACGUCUUGCCCUCUUAUAUGGUCCCCGCGGUUUUUAUACUGGCUCAGAGUAUCCCGAUCAACGCAUCUGGAAAGCUAGACCGCCGUGCUGUGCGGGACCAGCUGUGUGCGAUAUCCCGUGAGUCACUGAGCGGCCUAUCCUGUUCGGCAGGCUUAAAACAGGCGCCGAGCACUGCCAUGGAAAAGAGGCUGCAGACCGUCUGGGCCUCGGCUUUGAUGCUUUCGCCUAAGGCUAUAGGCAUCCAUGACUCUUUCUUCCGCCUUGGUGGAGAUUCAGUUGUGGCUAUGAAGCUAGUAGCGGCCGCCCGAGCCCAGAAGAUCCCUCUAACUGUCGCUGAUAUCUUCCAAUGGCCCCAUCUGGUAGACAUGGCAGCCAAUAUAGAACAGAAACAAGUCGCGGACAACCCCUUUGUACAGCUGUUAAGCGACGUUGCUGUGUACUGUGGUGUAUCUGUUGAUGAUAUUGAAGAUAUAUAUCCAUGCAGCCCGUUGCAGGCCGGAUUAAUGGCGAUUACCGCCCAACGUCCCGGUGCCUACGUAAUCCGGCGUGUGUUCCGCUUAGACGCCGACCUGUCUAUCCAGAAGCUGAAGGCAGUCUGGGAGAGUUUGGUGGAGCUCCUGCCUAUAUUGCGAACCCGCAUCAUCCCUUCUGCAUACUCCGACGCACUACAGAUCGUGAUUAGAGAGCAGGUGACCUGGCAGGACAGGAUGUCACUCCAGGAGUAUCUGGAAGCCGACAAAGCUAUGCCUUUAACAUACGGCAGUGCACUCAGUCGUGCAAUAAUAUUGGCAGAUGGAGAUUGUCGGUACUUUGUCUGGACCGCCCAUCACAGUGUUUUCGAUGGAUGGAGUUUGGUCGAAAUAUCGAAACUCGCGACACAGCUGCUAAGAGACGAGGUUUCUUUAGUGUCUGUCUCUGUCUCACGAUUUAUCUCAUACUUGGCCCGGCUGGACAAGGAAAAGGCAGCCGCAUUCUGGCAGCGAGAGCUUGAAGGUACCAAUUGGGCUCAAUAUCCCGCCUUGCCCUCGCCGCACUAUGUGGUCAACCCAAGAGAUGUGAUUCAGCGACAACUUGAAAUCCCAAAUACUCCCAGUGUUGGCACAACAUCGACACUACUACGAGCCGCGUGGGGGCUACUAGUAGCUGUCAACACUGGUUCCGAGGAAUCAGUGAUCAGUGUUGUUCUAUCCGGCCGUAUGGCGGCUGUUGAGGGCAUCACUGAUCUGAUCGCACCAACAGUCACUUCAGUUCCUUUCCGUGUUUCUGCCUCGCCAUCGCAGUCUAUACAGAGUUUCCUGAACGAGAUACAUAGACGAGCAACAGAGAUGAUCCAAUUUGAACACACUGGUUUGCAGAAUAUUCGCCGCAUGGUCUCCAGCCUGGGACCGGAAUUUGACCCAGGUCAUAGUUUUGUUGUUCAGCCUGCCGAGGAGGGCGACUCAGCCUUACCGAUGACUUUUUUGCAGGCAGAGCAUACAGAAAGCUUCGCUGAAGCCUUUGACGCAUACGCACUUACAGUGGAGUGUACAAUGGUGGCAGAGACAAAUACGGUAAAAGUUGAACUACGCUAUGACCGCGAAGUCCUCCCAGUUGACGUCGCAUAUCGCCUGCUCGCACAGUUCGACCAUAUUGUCCAGCAACUAGCACGAAAUGCACACAAAGACCAGCCGCUAGGGCAGAUGCAACUUCUAUCAAGGGAUGAUAACGAGCAGUUGAGCAGCUGGAACUCAUCAGUGCCCUUAAGGGUAGAGCGUUGCAUUCAUGCAAUGGUGCUAGACAAGAUGGUGGAACAGCCCUCUGCAAUAGCUAUCAGCGCGUGGGAUGGAGAAUUGACUUUUAAGGAGCUAGAUGAUGCUAGCCGUCAGCUAGGUUAUGACCUGGUAGAGCGAGAUGUCGGGCCAGAGGUGAUGGUCGGCCUGUGUAUGGAUAAAUCGAAGUGGGCGGUGGUAGCUAUGUUGGCUAUCCUCCGCGCUGGUGGCGCUGUUGUGCCUAUUGGUGUGCAACAUCCCCUAGCGCGUAUUGAAGGUAUUGUUAAAGACACUGCCAUGCAGCUAAUACUAGUUGACCAGGGUCAAGAACAACGGCUAGCUAUGCUUACAGAGCAUACACAGCUGCUUACGGUUGACUCUUUCUUCAAUACAGCCCAAGCAACCCCAACACCUUCUGUUGAGCCCUGCCUAUCUAUAGGGCCUGAGAACACUGCAUGGAUUAUCUACACCUCUGGUAGCACUGGAACGCCUAAGGGUGUUGUUCUUGAACAUGGCGCCCUUGCAACUAGCAUUGUUGCACACGGGCUUCGCAGCCCAUACUUUUGA